AUGCUUCAAAAAAAAGUCAAGGCCCGACGAAAGAAAAUUUAUAAGGAGGCUAAAGAAAGAGCCCGCGAUGAUUUUUUUGAGAAUAUUAGAAACCAUAUUAUCGAUAAGAACUAUCAGGGCAACCCUUUAGCCUUCGAACCGGACACGUCGUAUAUACAGCCGGAAAGAAAGGGGCUCGCCGACCUUGAAUUCAAGAACAGAGAUAUUAACACUAUUAAUGAUAUAGAGUUGAUUGAAGACCGGAUCCGUUCACUAGAGCUACGACUACGACUUCACGGACUCUAUAUACCGAAGGCCUUGCGAAAGCGAGUAAAAUUUGAGUCCGCGUCACCGAUAUACACCCUACAGCAAAGCAAUUUGGAUAUUCUCGGAAGGACGCGCUGCAAAAGCAUUUCAGGACCCAUAAGCUUCCGCAAAGGUUUCCAAAGGGUCGCUAGUGCGAUGUCCCUAGCUGUUCAGAAGUGCUGUUUACGCUUGCACAGUACAUGCUACACCAAGCGGACUGCCACAAAAUAUUCCUUUAGAGCAGAUCGGUUCAACCCCGCAUGGUUCCUUGAUAAUUGGAUCUUGUAG